UCAGCGGUGUAGAAUUACAUUCUCACGAGAAAAAAUCAUCAUGCAACAUCAUCAACUGAAGGCGAAGAAUUGGUGGUGAAGUUGUAAGUCGCCUCUUAUGUUUGAGUUAUUCGCAAAGUAGCUAGGACUACAGGUCUUGGUUUUAUUGAGACGUAUGCACCACAGGGACCUCCAUGAGUAAAGACAGCUUGCUAAAGAAUUCCAUGAAUAAUCAGUCAGGCCCAGACGACGGCUACCCUUUUCCAGAAUGUUCAGCGGAAGAAGAAAUUAACACCUCGCAGAAGCGUUUCGUUCAGGCAACACUUUAUUCGAUUGCCAUGGUCAUUUCUUUAUUUGGCAACAUUGUCGUUAUCUGGACCGUGCGAAAGAAUCCUCGAAUGCGAAAUUUGACACACUACUUGAUCGUAAACAUGGCUAUGGCAGAUAUCCUCAUUACAGUCUUUCACAUGCCUUACAAACUGCAGGUUCAAAUAACAGGUAGCAACGCGAUAAUGUUUGGUGGAUUGACAGGAAUGGUGAUCUGCAAAGUAGUGGGCUACAGCCAAGAUGUAUCCAUCGCUUGCUCUGUCCUGACUUUGACAGCUAUUUCCAUCGACAGGUUUAUGGUGGUCAUGUUUCCUUUAAAAAGAGCUACUUUAAACCAUAAAGCACGAUCUAUUGUCAUUCCGAUUUGGAUCAUUUCCAUCGUGAUGUGUUCACCUCUCCUUUAUGUCAACCAAUUAUCGGAAUACGAAGGGGAGUUUCUAUGCUACGAAGAGUGGACUCCGCUGUUGUUCUCAGAAUCAGACCCCCCCGGCCGGAGUUACACUAUCACACAUUUUUCAUUACUUUAUGUUUUACCCCUUAUCGUUAUAACGGUGUUGUACUCUGGCAUAACAAUCAAAGUUUGGAAUCGGCAAAUCCCCGGACAACGUCACUUACGUCAUGUUCGACCCCAUUCGGCCGCUAGAAAGAAACUUGUCAGGAUGCUAAUUGUUAUCGUAUGUCUCUUUGCAGUGAGCUGGCUUCCUUAUCACGUUAUCUUUCUACUUCUGUUUUACAGCAAGAAAUACCUAGUAUGCCAAAUUCCAGAAACCGUAUCGUUCUACUGCCUCUUUGUCGGACACGCCAACAGUGCCAUGAACCCGUGUGUCUAUUUUGCAAUACACAAAGAGUAUAGAAGAGGUCUCAUGCAGGUUACACGCUCGAUCUGCUGCGGGAGAUCUUCACCCUUGUUAGGAUGUAUUAUUCGACGCAAAUCAUCAUUCAACCUGCAGGUUAAUUCUGGUCUUGUAGAUCAGACAGAAAGUCCUUCUUCCAAUGUAGAAAUGACGCACAGAAAUCAAUUUCUUGAGUUUGGCAACUCAACUCAAGUUGUCGUAACAAAUGUAAGCCAGAUACGAUACGAUAACGUAUUGUAAAUAUCAGAUAACAGUUCUUAUCUAAAAUAUAUUUGCAUCACGAUCACUCCCUCUCUCUCUCUCUCUCUCUCUCUCUCUCUCUCUCUCUCUCUCUCUCUCUCUCUUGCGCAGUUGUCACUCAUUUCUCCCGUUCUGUACACCAGUUAUUUCAGGCCUCAUGAUUAAUGUUCUGAGCAAGACUAAGAGUGUUUUUUUUCGGCAUCUUGAUAUCAAUGAAUUAUUUUACGGCCAUUGUAUUAUCACGGUAACGUUUCAGUACUUUGGCCAUCGAUUUCUCUAAUUUCUCGCCGUUCCCAGGCCGUGAGAAUCAUGAACAGAGCAUGCAAAUUAUCGGGAUAAGCGACUUUUAAUCAGAAUACAUAACUUUUUUGGAGUAUUUCCAGCGAUCCCGAGCCAUUUUGAUCCCGUCCAAACAUAUUUUCAAGGGACGAUUGGUAAAAAGUACAUAUUUCACUUUGUGUUAUCUGUAGCUUUCCGAGGCCGCUUUUAUAUCAGACGGUGAGGAGGUUCUCAAAGAGGGAUUCUUCCAACCGUCAGUUCAAAACUGGAGAGGUCAUAAAGAAUAGUUAAAAGCUAUGAGCUAAAUGGCGAUCACGUGAUGGAAUCUGAUUGUCCAACAGAAAAUAUAUAUGUCCGGAUAUGGGGCCUUUGUAGGUUUAUGGAGAGUUGACAAUUAGAAAACUAUUUGAUAAGGCUCCCUAAAAUUCUCGAAUCCAUGAGCUUUCGCGCCACAAAAUGUAUUUCAUUAUAAAGCAACUCCCGACAACGUUUCCAAGGAGAUGACCUACCAAGUGAUCGAAAGGUCAAAAACGCUCUCUUACUGGAUGGCAGAUCUUUUGUGAAUGGCGUGAACAUAAAAGAUCACAUUACACUUUCAUCGAUCUGCUAAUGAGUAUUCUUGCUCUUGCUAAGCUACAAUCACCGAUCCUCAUGGUAUGCUGUUACCUCAGAUAGAGUUGACAAAGGUGACGUGGGUGAGAGUUUCAA